GCAGCUCCUCCCCUGACAGCAGAAAUGAAAACUACAAUGCUACAAAGUUUCAUUUGUUUUGAAGUAUACCGAAAGAAAAACCGGGCUCUUCACGCCAAAAUGAAAAAGAGGAUAACCCUUAAAUCUAUCACUUAUUUUUCAAACAAUGAUCUGUCUUCAUUGCACCUAUGGUAGCCUACAAAAGGGGACAAGGGACAAAUAGGACAGAAGGAGACAGAAAGGACAAUGUCCUUGGUGGUUCUGUUGCUUUUCUUUGGAUUGUUGGGGCAAGCUUGUGAAAAUCUGAAUAAUGUGUCUUGCUCAGCAUCAUCAACCGUUACACCACAUAACGUGUCUGCAUCAGACACAACCAUUAUGGAAAAGGCUCAAACGAUUAACAGUGUACUGCGACAGUGGCCAGUUGCUAAUCGCACAGAGAUCAAAAUUAUUAGGAGGGGGCCAUAUGUUUUUGCCAGACAGUUUUGGUAUCCCAGUUUAGAAAUAGCUCUUAAAAAACCACAACCCACGUCACCUGCAUUUACAAUGGCCAUAACACCAACACAAUCAAAUACAGCACAGCCAUUCACUAGCAUAUUACCUGCUUCAUCCAUCGCACAAACAAUCACAUCAGGGCCACCAACAUCCUACACAACAAAGACCACUAUUUCAACUUCAAACUUCAUUCAAACAAACACAACCAAAAAGAAAACUACCUCGAGACAAUUAUCACCAUCUACAGAGCCAACGACAUUAACAGUGCCACCAACAAUCAUCACUCCAGUGACAACAGACUUACAACUUACAACUACCGAAUCAGGACAACUUACAAUUGCAACAAAAUCCAGACUUUCAACAGACACCUCAACUACAUCAGGAAAAAUAACAUUCACACCAGCAUCACCAGACACAUCAUUUGCUCAGACUUCUCCAGUGGCAUCAGGAAUGACAGAAUUGGCAACAACCGCAAUACCCGAAACAGUUGAAGGACCAGUCAUACCAACGUCACCAGUCUCCACAGCAACUGGAACAACAAAAGUGACGACUACUGCAUUGCCCAAAACAGACACGGAUAAAACUGUUAAAACAACAAUGCAAGAGGUUACAACAGAAACUGCAGAUAGUGCAGCUACAACAAGAUCAACAGGAGUGUCAUCAGCAUUCCCAGCAACUGCAUCAGGGACAGACAGUUCUGCUUCAAUAGCGCAUACUACACUGGAAGAACAAUCAACAUUUGCAUCAAUUACAGCUAAUGAAUCAGGGACAAGCACCGCAGCAACUGUUAUAAAUGAACCAGAAACACAUGCAACCAAGACCACACAAGCUGAGCAUGAAUCUGCAACACAAGUGUCAAUGAAGCCAUUUACAGUUGCUCAAACUUUAGAGGGAUCGACCACUGUCUUCACAGUAACACAAGAGCCAGCAACACAAGUUGAUACUACAUUAAAUGAUUCGAACACAGAGGGAUCAACAAAUGCACCUACUAUAGCAACUGAUUCAGGAACAAGCACACCAGCAAGUGUUAAAAAUGAAUCCAAGACUACACCAGUUGAGGGUUCAUCCACAACUGAUUCUGCAACACAAGUUUCUGUUAACCCACAAACAGAAGCUCAUGCCUCAGAAGGACCUACAACUGUCUUCACAGUAACACAAGAGCCUGCAACACAAGUUGAUACUACAUUUAAGGAAUCUAACACAGAGGGAUCAACAAAUGCACCUACUAUAGCAACUGAUUCAGGAACAAGCACAUCAGCAAGUGUUAAAAAUGAAUCCAAGACUACACCAGUUGAGGGUUCAUCCACAACUGAUUCUGCAACACAAGUUUCUAUUAACCCACAAACAGAAGCUCAUGCCACAGAAGGACCUACAACUGUCUUCACAGUAACACAAGAGCCUGCAACACAAGUUGAUACUACAUUUAAGGAAUCUAACACAGAGGGAUCAACAAAUGCACCUACUAUAGCAACUGAUUCAGGAACAAGCACAUCAGCAAGUGUUAAAAAUGAAUCCAAGACUACACCAGUUGAGGGUUCAUCCACAACUGAUUCUGCAACACAAGUUUCUGUUAACCCACCAACAGAAGAUUAUGCCUCAGAAGGACCUACAACUGUCUUCACAGUAACACAAGAGCCUGCAACACAAGUUGAUACUACAUUUAAGGAAUCUAACACAGAGGGAUCAACAAAUGCACCUACUAUAGCAACUGAUUCAGGAACAAGCACAUCAGCAAAUGUUAAAAAUGAAUCCAAGACUACACCAGUUGAGGGUUCAUCCACAACUGAUUCUGCAACACAAGUUUCUAUUAACCCACAAACAGAAGCUCAUGCCUCAGAAGGACCUACAACUGUCUUCACAGUAACACAAGAGCCUGCAACACAAGUUGAUACUACAUUUAAGGAAUCUAACACAGAGGGAUCAACAAAUGCACCUACUAUAGCAACUGAUUCAGGAACAAGCACAUCAGCAAGUGUUAAAAAUGAAUCCAAGACUACACCAGUUGAGGGUUCAUCCACAACUGAUUCUGCAACACAAGUUUCUGUUAACCCACCAACAGAAGCUCAUGCCUCAGAAGGACCUACAACUGUCUUCACAGUAACACAAGAGCCUGCAACACAAGUUGAUACUACAUUUAAGGAAUCUAACACAGAGGGAUCAACAAAUGCACCUACUAUAGCAACUGAUUCAGGAACAAGCACAUCAGCAAGUGUUAAAAAUGAAUCCAAGACUACACCAGUUAAGGGUUCAUCCACAACUGAUUCUGCAACACAAGUUUCUGUUAACCCACCAACAGAAGCUCAUGCCUCAGAAGGACCUACAACUGUCUUCACAGUAACACAAGAGCCUGCAACACAAGUUGAUACUACAUUUAAGGAAUCUAACACAGAGGGAUCAACAAAUGCACCUACUAUAGCAACUGAUUCAGCAACAAGCACACCAGCAAGUGUUAAAAAUGAAUCCAAGACUACACCAGUUAAGGGUUCAUCCACAACUGAUUCUGCAACACAAGUUUCUGUUAACCCACCAACAGAAGCUCAUGCCUCAGAAGGACCUACAACUGUCUUCACAGUAACACAAGAGCCUGCAACACAAGUUGAUACUACAUUUAAGGAAUCUAACACAGAGGGAUCAACAAAUGCACCUACUAUAGCAACUGAUUCAGGAACAAGCACAUCAGCAAGUGUUAAAAAUGAAUCCAAGACUACACCAGUUGAGGGUUCAUCCACAACUGAUUCUGCAACACAAGUUUCUGUUAACCCACCAACAGAAGCUCAUGCCUCAGAAGGACCUACAACUGUCUUCACAGUAACACAAGAGCCUGCAACACAAGUUGAUACUACAUUUAAGGAAUCUAACACAGAGGGAUCAACAAAUGCACCUACUAUAGCAACUGAUUCAGGAACAAGCACAUCAGCAAGUGUUAAAAAUGAAUCCAAGACUACACCAGUUAAGGGUUCAUCCACAACUGAUUCUGCAACACAAGUUUCUGUUAACCCACCAACAGAAGCUCAUGCCUCAGAAGGACCUACAACUGUCUUCACAGUAACACAAGAGCCUGCAACACAAGUUGAUACUACAUUUAAGGAAUCUAACACAGAGGGAUCAACAAAUGCAUCUACUAUAGCAACUGAUUCAGCAAAAAGCACACCAGCAAGUGUUAAAAAUGAAUCCAAGACUACACCAGUUGAGGGUUCAUCCACAACUGAUUCUGCAACACAAGUUUCUGUUAACCCACCAACAGAAGCUCAUGCCUCAGAAGGACCUACAACUGUCUUCACAGUAACACAAGAGCCUGCAACACAAGUUGAUACUACAUUUAAGGAAUCUAACACAGAGGGAUCAACAAAUGCACCUACUAUAGCAACUGAUUCAGGAACAAGCACAUCAGCAAAUGUUAAAAAUGAAUCCAAGACUACACCAGUUGAGGGUUCAUCCACAACUGAUUCUGCAACACAAGUUUCUAUUAACCCACAAACAGAAGCUCAUGCCUCAGAAGGACCUACAACUGUCUUCACAGUAACACAAGAGCCCGCAACACAAGUUGAUACUACAUUUAAGGAAUCUAACACAGAGGGAUCAACAACUGCACCUACUAUAGCAACUGAUUCAGGAACAAGCACAUCAGCAAGUGUUAAAAAUGAAUCCAAGACUACACCAGUUGAGGGUUCAUCCACAACUGAUUCUGCAACACAAGUUUCUGUUAACCCACCAACAGAAGCUCAUGCCUCAGAAGGACCUACAACUGUCUUCACAGUAACACAAGAGCCUGCAACACAAGUUGAUACUACAUUUAAGGAAUCUAACACAGAGGGAUCAACAAAUGCAUCUACUAUAGCAACUGAUUCAGCAACAAGCACACCAGCAAGUGUUAAAAAUGAAUCCAAGACUACACCAGUUGAGGGUUCAUCCCCUGCAAUAAAUUCUGCAACAGAAGAAACAACAACCUGGCUAGCAACGGCGUCUACUCUUCCUAAAAGCUCAACCUCGGCACCAGAUUUAUCUCAUGUUACAAUGGAGCCUUCGCCAGACAAAACUGAUUUUGCAACACAGGUUUCUGUUAACCCACCAACAGAAGCUCAUGCCUCAGAAGGACCUACAACAGUCAUCAAAAUAACACAAGAGCCUGCAACACAAGCUGAUAACGAUAAUGCAUCAACAGCACAUAUUACGUUUAAUGAAUCAAGCACAAACAAAUCAACAAAUGCAACUACUGCAGCAAGUGCACCGGGUACAAACACAUCAGCAAAUGGUAUAAUUGAAACACAAACAAAUGCAACCAAGGCUACACCAGUUGAGGGUUCAUCUGUAACAAAUUCUUCAACAAAAGGUACAAGGACAACAACAACAGGCCUAGGAAAGGUGUCCACUCUUCCCAAAAACCCAACCGUGGUACCACAAUUACCUCAGGUUACAACCAAACUUGCACCAGCAAAAAGUGAAUCUCCAAUACAAGUUGUGCCAACUGCAUCAAAUCCACAUGCAUCAGCUACAACUGUAAAAAAGGAUUUGUUUACUGCUCCUCCCUCCUUUGAUGAGGGAGGGAUACUCUUAAUAUUCAGUCUAAAUGACACUUUUGAAAUAGCAUUUAAGACCAGAACAACCCCUACCUUCCUUAUUCUGGCCAAUAAAGUGGUUAACAUGAUAAACAAACUUUACGGGGAAAAGUUUAAGACAUUCAAACGAUCAAGAGUCAACAGUUUCUCGAAAGGAUCAAUUAUAGUUGAUAUGACUCUGGUCUUUGAGAACACUUCUGUAGUCCCAAGUGUCUCUGAAGUAGAAGCUGUUCUAUACAAUGCUGUUGAGGUUGACAAUCCCCUGAAAGUCAUAAUUGGAACAAUUAAAGCAGAGCCAAUAGCUUCUACAACUGCACCUACCACACCUAUUCAUGCAAAUAUUGAAAAUACUACUAUGAACUUGACAGCAGUCACAGGGCAAACAAGCACAACAUCUGCUGCCUCUGCAUGGAUGCUUCACUAUUCAAUAGUGGCUAUAACUGCCAUCAUCAUUGUUUUUGUAACUCAAGCUCAACAGAUUUAAACUAAGUGCAAGGCAAGCUGAUAAAGAAUAUGUAAUACAGUUACAUUUUAGACAUGUUAGACAUUGAAAUUAUUUUUUUAGGAUCAUCACUCUACUAAUAAUUUUAUGUUAUAAUAACCUUAACCAGUAUAUUUAUGGGUUAUGGUGCAUUAAGGUUAUGGUUCACCAAUUACUUUCUGCACUUUAAUUCAGAAUAAAAUGGUUUUAUUAAAAUACUGAUUUGUAUUUGUAUACUGUGUUGUAUACCAUAGUUAUAAUAUAUGUCAUAAACUGUUUUUGAACAGCAAUAAGCUGGUUGAAAAAUAGCAAGUCCUUUUAUUCUAGGCAAAUGGUGAAUAUUUUAAAGAUCCUAAAAUAAAACAUAUUUUUAUUUUUACAUAUUUUUAUAUAUAAAAACAUAGUUUUAAUAUAUUUGGGGUUGGGAUAUUAUUUCACAAAACAAUAUUUACAUAUUUUAAUUUCUGGUAUUUUUUAGUUUGGAGUUAAGUUAAAAAAGGGAGAAAGAACAUGCUACAUAUGCUUACAGUGUUGUUUGGGUCAGACAAAUCAUUUUGUGUUGGAUUAUAACUUACAUUUGCUAAAUCAGAUAUAUAAUAAAAAAAAAAAAUAAAAGAAACUAAAAUAAACAAAAUAUUUAGUGCAAGAACACUCCUCAUUCUUUCAUUCUUGUUUAAUGCUUAUAUAUUAUUGCUUAAUGUCAUUGAACUGAUAUUAUAUGGGUAUUCUGUUUUUUCUGUGUUCGGUGUUCAUCAAAUUAAAAAGUUAAUGCAUCUUGACAUAA